UAAGAAAAUCAAGACUCUGAGUUGAAUCUGAAAUAUGGUGAGCAAAGAGGACACCACAUGCGUAGUUCUCUCAAAUUCCGAUGAUUCAGACUCAGAUACAGGCCCCCACAGCCUUGACACACAAGAAUCAGGCAAGCAGCAGGUGAAGAAGAGAAACAAGGCCUUACAAGUACGUUUUAAGGAUAUCUGUGAAGCUCAGAAUGAGUUUCGAGGGAAACAUGCCAGAUCCAUUUCUUGCAAAGUGACACACAGAAGAUACAUGACCAUGCCCGCCAGACGCUCAAUUCCAAACGUCACCAAGAGUACUGGCGUCCAGACAUCGCCAGACCUCACUAAGAGAUACAAAACUUUUCCUUUUGAGAGAAAAAAGGGACACACUUUCAAACAUACUGCUUUGGUGGAAGAUUACAAAGGACAAAAUAAUGGUUUUUUGAGUGAUAUAAAGGCAGGAGGAGAGGACGGACAACCUGCUGGGGAGUCCUCUAAGUACAAGGGGAAGAUUGUGGGGCAGACAAAAGCUCUGCUUCACCACACUGAUGACAGCAGUGAUACAGAGGAUUUGCUUUCCAGUGCCAACUGCGUGGAUGGGGCCUCUUGUCCAGACUCUUCGCAUUUCUCUGAAGAGUGUCAUCCAUGCAGCCCUCUGUCCAAAAGAGAACAAGAGUACCAAGUUUGUGGGACCCGGACCAAACACAAAGGAUUACCCAAAGAUGACAAGGACGCUGGCACCUCCUCAAAGCGCCAGCUGGCUAACUCAGAGUUUUCACAGGACAAGUCAAAGGGAACGGGCCCUGUGGCGUGGAACUCUUUGACACAGGUGGAUUCAUUAGGAAGUCCCUCUGUGAGCUGUAAACGGAAAAAGGGUACGCAGCUUAACGAACAGCAGUCACAGACACUGCCCCAUAGUGCCAAAUGUUCUGUACAGUCACAAGGGCAGUGUCGGACUAGGCAUGUGUCAGCUUCCUCUAAACUCCAGCAAACAGUCGGGGGGGACGAGGGCUUUCCUCCGAGAGACACGGUAGCCCCAGGCAUGGGGAGCAGCCAGCAGAUAAUGCCCUUAUCUGGAGACAAGGAUAUCAAAGCACAGCUGCAGGCCAUGGAGAGCCUCAUAAACUCAAGCCAGGAGACCAUCAAGGUCCUACUUGGAGUUAUUCAAGAGCUAGAGAAAGGUGAAGCACAAAGAGAAGGGCUCUCCUACCGAACAGGGCAAGACACAGCAAAUUGUGACACUUGUCGAAACAGCGCAUGCAUCAUUUACAGCGUCGAGCUGGACUUCAAGCUACAGGAGGACAAGAUGCUGCCCCUUAUGAAGAGACUUUGCCCGCUGGACAGCCGACAAUGCCCUGCUCUGCCUUACUCCAAUGAAGUGUUCACGUCCACCCCCAAACGCAAGUCCAAGACUGAGUCCAAAAAGCAUGCUCGCUGGAAACUCUGGUUCCUUUGAAUUUAACAUGAGGGCUUCGGAGAGAGCCUCUUUCUUGGGUGAAUUAAUACUCUGUUAUCCCCAAAAGAUGGAUGAAGGAGUAUUCAGAAGGAAAAAAUCAACAUAAGAGGAUGGACGUCGAUAGAAAUCAGUUCAUAAGGGGCACUGAGUUGAGACUGCACAAGGAGAAAGCAGAGACAAAAAACAUUUUAAAUUCUGUCAAACCUUUUUCUGGCAUGUUUGCUGAAGAGGACUGACACACACCUGCAGACACGAGAGCAUAUUGCUUGGCAUCAAGAGGAGGCGCCAUGUGGAGGGCCUUUUAUGACCGAAGCGAUAAUCUUUGAAUGGACAUCAGCCCCACCUGCGGCAAAGCACAAACAUUUGACUUUUGAGAGGAACACGCGUAAAAAAGACUGAACUCCAGUACAGUACAUGGCAGUGUGUCAGCGCUGUUUUUAUAACCUCGUCUAUUCUCUCCCCCUCUUCCUUAUCUGUUAACAUCCUGCUCAGUUUGUCUGUGUGACUGAACGUCUGCUGCCUGCCUUUGUUAAUAACCCCCGUCUCCUCCCCCUCUUUGUAACUCUGUCCCUUUAUCUCUCUCUCUCUCUUUCUUUCGCUAUCUCUCUCCAUUUGGCUCACUGUGCAAGCAACCAACUAGCCAGCCAACUUUGCCUCAGCCGUCCUGUCGUCUUCUGUUGGCUACACUGACACAUAAUGAUCAGAAAAUAUAUUUUAAAGAAUCUGCGUCUUUUUAAACAAAGUACUGUGAAAUUAACAUUUCAAACAUGUGCGUUUGGGUCCCUCCUCUUGAAGCAGGUACAAUUGUUGAAAACGGAGUCCUCUGGGCUUGGUCCGAUUUUUUUAACAACAUAUAUAAAGUUUUGACUUCUUCUAAGGCAGAAUAUUUUCUAAGAGAACUUAUACAAUGUUUGGUUUUUGACUUUCCAACAAAGAGUAAAGGCUAUUUUGACAUUUCCCAUAGAGUCCAUUAAGAGUCUGCCUUGCUUCUCAGUCACUCAUUGUGUCACAGUUAAGCUUAAAUCUACUCAUAAGUCAUUUGUUUAAUGUUUCGUUGGCUAACACUUGAAAUGUUGUUCUGUAUCAAUGGUUAUUUUGUCAUCUUACUAAAAGUUUCAUCUUGUAAAAUGAAGCUUCUUUUUCUCACAGUAGACAAUUAUAAGAUACCAAACAUCUGUCUACCAACCAACACAAAUGACUGUGCACUGAACCUGCAAGAGUAGAAGGGCUAUAUACAGUGCUAAAGGAGUGUGGUAGCAGUCUUACAGCAGAGACGACUUGUAGCCUUCAGCUUUGGACAGAAAAAGGUGAAGAAGACAAACACGAUUAUGUAGCAAUGAUACAGAAGUUGCACGCCGUUACAAAGCAGGUAUUUGCCGAAUACUUGAAGUUAUUUUAUUACAGCGGCUCUUAUGUAGGUAAUCGUACUGUUAAAUGCUCAAGAAAUGUCAGGAUGACUCAAACUAGCCUCCCACCAUCAGACAAUAGAACCCAUUUACCAGUUCACAUAUGUCCAUGCAAAGAUCUGUACCCUGAGAAAGUGCAAUUCAAUGAAUAUGUGCAAUAUUAUGCAUUUUUCUACUGUUUCUACAUCACUAUUAAAUCAUUUUCAACUGAAGGGG